UUCUGCUCGAGAUGCAGACGGAGCAGGCUGGAGCUGGCUCUGCCGCAGCGACUCAUCCUAUCGAUAAGGUUCAGUUAGCCAAGGUGGAGGAUGGGAAAAGAAUGGAGCUGUCCCAGCUACUCAAUGAGAUCAGGGCAAACUAUGAAAAGCUCCUCACCAGAAAUCAGAUAGAGACCGUGCUCUCAACAAGGAUCCAGUUAGAAGAAGAUAUAAGCAAAAGAAUGGACAAAGAUGAAGAGGCUUUAAGGGCGGCUCAAGCAGAACUGAAGGAAGCCCGUCGCCAGUGGCACCAUCUGCAAGUGGAAAUUGAAUCUCUCCAUGCAGUGGAACGAGGCCUUGAAAACUCCCUCCAGGCCAGUGAGCAGCAUCAUCAGAUGCAACUCCAAGAUCUAGAGGCCGUGAUUGAAGGACUAGAAACAGAGCUCCAGGAAGUCAGGCGGGGCAUCGAAAAGCAACUUCAAGAGCAUGAGAUGCUUCUCAACACGAAGAUGAGGCUAGAACAAGAAAUAGCAACCUACCGACGCCUCCUUGAGAAGGAAGAAAUCAGAUAUUAUGGUUGUAUUCAAGGAGAGAAAAAAGAACGAAAACCUACCACACACAGAGUUGGUUUUGUUCUACCUUCAGCCAUUAUAAAUGAAAUCUCUUUUUCAACAAAAGUCCAACCAAAAUGUGAGAAUGAGAAAGUGGAGACAGUGACCAAGCAGGCAAUAUCAAAUGGAAAUAUUGUGAAGGAAAGCACUGAAGCUCAUGGCACUAUUCAGACAGAGAAAGUGGAUGAAGUUAUCAAAGAAUGGGAAGGUUCCUUCUUUAAAGAUAACCCUCGACUAAGGAAAAAAUCUGUUUCUCUUCGAUUUGACCUUCAUUUAGCAGCCACAGAUGAGGGGUGCUUACAGACUAAACAGGAUAAUCUACCAGAUAUAGAAGUCAGGCUGAUAAUGAGAAGGUCUUGUAGUAUCCCCUCGAUCAAACAUCCAUCAACAGCUAAUUAAUUCACAGGCAGAGUAUAACUGGAUUUGAGAACAUGACAUCAGGGUGGACUAAGGUGAGUCUUGCCGACCACCUUCUGUCCCCAAAUGUAAGUAUGUUAUGAUCAAUGUGUGAAUCUUUUCAGGGACUAAAAAUGUAAGGGACAAAAUUUCUCUAAUUAAUGGAUGUGAGGUUUUGUUUUUUUUUUUAGAGAGGGGGGAACUUCCAAAUAAAAUGAGAAAUUUAAUAUGGUUUCUAUUUUAUUUAUUCUCCAAAUAAUCCUUUUCCCUUGAAGUUUCAUCAGAGAUGGUAAGCUUGAGGCUGGUUCAGGUAAGCCACGGGCUAACUUAAGCCAGUGGCUAAUAGAUCUACUAAGGAAAUGAAAAAUGUUUUCAUGUGAUUGUCUUGUGUUCAGCUUUGAACUGUUUCUCUCCGUGACUGGUUCUAUCUAAAAAAUAU